UAACACCAUAAUUUCGUGCAAUUUCAGAAUUCUGCGAACACGCUUCUCUAACGAUAAUUCGACUACAAAAUCCCCGAAAUGGCAUCAAGGAAAGGAUUUGAAGUGUUUGUUUCUAAAUUGCCAUGGACUGUCGGUGUGCAGGAGAUGCGAACCUAUUUUUCUCAAUUUGGACCUGUGAGGAAUUGCAGAAUAGCCUUUGAUGAUUCAACUGGUUUCUCUAAAGGGUUUGGUUUUGUUAGCUUUAGUAAUACAUCAGGAAUCCAAUCAGCUCUGAACAAAGAUCAACACAUACUGGAUGGACAAAAGGUGAAUGUGCAAGCCAAACAGAGCUCCUCACCAGCUGUGAAGAAAUUACAGAUAUCAGAUGUGAUGGAAAAUGGACAUUGAUACUUUCAGAUGGUUGGAUGCUCAUUUGAACAAUUAUGAGGAACUCGCUCAAAUAUUGAUGAGUAACUCGCUGAAAUAUUGAUGAGGAACUGGCUCACUCAAAUAUUGAUGAGUAACUCGCUCAAAUAUAGAAGAGUAAAUUGCUCAAAUAUUGAUGAGGAACUCACUCAAAUAUCGAUGAGUAUAAACUUAUUCACAGUUUUUUUUUUGUGAUUUUACAAACAGGCACAAACCUAAUUUUUGGUCAGAUAUUUGAAAUUGAGGUUUUUGCAUAUGAAAGUCCAUCAUUAACUCUAUUGAAUUACUUCAGAACAUAUUCAAAUUUCGUACAAAACGGCACAUACCCCUCUGAUUUUACGAACCGGCCUGAACCAUUGUUUCUGUACUAUAGCAGUCUAUGGAAUGACUCGCAGAGGUCAAUAACCUGACCUAGAUGUUGCGUGUAUGCAUUUAAUAAUUUUACGAACUGGCAGAAACGGUGGUUUAGCUAAAAACUCAGUAUUUAACAAUGCGCAUGAUUUUAUGAAAUGGCACAAACCUCCUGAUUUACGUUAAAAUAAACAGUUCCUGAAAUGCAUACCUGCGCUUCAUUUCAAAUAUUGAUGAAAAAAAUUUGAUUUGCGGACAAAAUUUUGUAUAUUAUAAAAGAAUAGAAUGUAUGCUUUCAAUUGGUUUGAGUAAUUGCUCUGGUUCCUUUCAAAGCGUGAAGUUACGAGCAUCUGAAAAAACAUCCAAACUUUGAACGCGAUUAUCUCGAAAUUGUAUAUUGGGACCAAGGAAGGUUUUGUGCUGGUUCGUAAAAUCACUGACGAUUUAUGAUGGACCCGUGUUCAGGAGGAAGGCCAUAUUGCCAUCGUGCACUCCUUUUAAUUGUCUUCCAGAGCCAACUUUUAUCAAAAGGAGUAAAGAGUUUCUCUUAUUGAACCAGCUGCAUUGAACCAAAGAUUCAAUAAGUAAUGUGGAUUUUAGGUUGUAUCUAUGCUCUACCUGUAUUAUGCAAAUUUGGUCUCAACAUAAUCAAGGGGAGGGGGGGGGGGUUGUGUAUGUGUAUUCUGACUCUGAUACACACUUGAUCUCGUACUCGGUCUCGAUCUCUACUCAAGAACUGGGCAUGACUGCUUGGCUUGGAGUCACAAUCACAACUCGGUGACUUUAUUCUCCACUAAACUAAAACAUGUUAUACAGUGUACAUGGUUACAUAAUAUUUUCUGAGUGGCAUGGUGAUAAUGGGGGUAUAGACCAGGGGCCCGUCUUCCAAAGAGUUACGAUUGAUCCAAUCAAUCGUAAGUCUAUGGAAAUCCAUCAGUGUCAUAAUUUUUUCCUCAGGAAAUUUGCACAAUGUCCUUUGUAAGCAAAGAGAAGCACAGUGAAUUUUCAAGAAAACAAUGAAUGCAUGAAUAUACAUCAUAGUUAGAACAUAUUUUGAACAAACAUGCAUAAUAGAUAUUGACAUUGCUGGCCGGCCAUAGUUGUGAUUGAUCGGAUCAAUCGCAACUCUUUGUAAGACUGGGCCCAGAUGGAUAGAACGAGGGGUUGUUUAUGAUGGGGGUAAUAUAGUAUGGUCAAUGUUUACACACUUGGUCUGGGGAUGGAAGGAAUGUCAUUAUCACCGUGGGACCAGAAGGUGUGGUGGUCAGGUUGGAGAACAUAAUGUAGUUUGCAAUUUGAUAAUACACACAUGAUUAUACAGACACAAUAUGGGGGAGAUAUGAAGGCCCCUUACAGGGUUAAUUUAGGAUUAAUUGAACAUCAGGUGAUUCUUGACAAAUUAAAAUAUUCCUCCCCUCGGGUAAAAAUUGACUUAAAUUUGUACAAUACUCCAUAAAUUGAAUAAAACAAAAAGAAGCUCUGAGAUGUAUGUAAUGAUGAAAGUUUAAUUUGUCUACAUGUGUAGAUGUACAAAAAAAUCUGACCCAUUGUGGGUAAAUGAAACAGCAGCUCAUAACAUUUCAUAUACUUGGUGUAUCUUGUAAUAUAUCAUAUUUACUCUAUAGGAUGCCCGAUUCCCAAAUUAACAAAUUGCAAGUAAUUCAAAACUCAGCAGCAUGGUUAGUUUCCUGUACUAAGAAACAUUUCCACAUCACGCAACUCUUCUUACCCCUAAGUCUAUAUCCAUCUUCAAAACAAACUUAUUAAAAGUGUAUUGAAUGACUUAGUGCCACUAUUAUAUGCAAUUUUCGCUCUUUUCUUAGCUUUUCUGUCUCCUUCAAAGAGCGCAUAGGGACGCAUUUUGCAAUGAUAUGCAUUAUUCAAGCACGUUGGUAUAAUAAUUAUUAUAAAAAAGAAACUAUAUACUGGAUGUAUAAAAGAGAGAAGCUAAACUUAUAUGUGCAUUCUAUUAAAAUCCAAAUAAUAUUUCACAAAA